AUGACUCUUCUCGCUCUCGUCGAGGACCGGCCGACACCGCCCCAGGUCUACAACUGGCGUGUUUAUCUGCUUGCAACGGUUGCUUCCUGUGCCUCGUGCAUGAUUGGCUAUGACAGCGCGUUCAUUGGCCAGACCGUCGAAUUAAAUUCUUUCCGCGAUGAGUUUCAUUUUGGGGAAUGGUCUGAAGGUAAACAGAACCUUGUCAAGGCCAACAUUGUCUCCCUCUACCAGGUCGGGGCCUUCUUUGGUGCCCUAUUUGCCUACCCCAUUGGCUUUUACUGUGGUCGAAAAUGGGGCCUCUUUGUCACUGCAAUCAUCUUUACUCUCGGUUCUGGCUUGAUGCUAGGGGCAAAUGGGAGUCGUGGCUUGGGGAUAAUGUAUGCCGGGCGUGUGCUGGCCGGCGUGGGCGUGGGAUCUGGCUCGAAUUUAACCCCGAUUUAUAUUUCCGAGUUAUCGCCCCCGGCAAUUCGCGGCCGGUUGGUCGGCAUCUAUGAGUUGGGAUGGCAAAUUGGUGGAUUGGUUGGGUUCUGGAUCAAUUUCGGCGUUUCGGAAACGCUCCCGGAAAGCCAGAAACAAUGGAUCAUUCCAUUUGCCGUCCAGCUGAUCCCCUCUGGGCUCCUCCUGGUCGGUGUCUUGUUCAUCAGGGAAUCUCCCCGCUGGCUAUUUGGCCGCGGGCGCCGCGAGGAAGCCAUUAAGAACCUGUGCUGGAUCCGCCAGCUCCCUGAGACCGAAGUUUAUAUGAUUGAGGAGAUCAUUGCCAUUGACCAGGCUCUGGAGGCGCAAAACGCUGAGAUUGGUACUGGCUUUUGGAAACCUUUCCAGGCGGCCGCUACCAAACCAAGGGUUAUGUGGCGGCUGUUCUUGGGAUUUAUACUCUUCUUCUGGCAGAACUGCUCUGGUAUAAAUGCCAUUAACUACUACAGUCCCACUGUUUUCAGAAGCCUCGGAAUCACUGGCUCCCUGAACCAGAUGAUGUCCGGCAUUUUCGGUGUCGUCAAGACUGCUGUGACUUUCCUCUGGCUGCUGGUCCUUAUUGACCAGGUGGGUCGCCGCAAGCUGCUUAUUGCAGGCGGCAUUGGCGGCUCCAUCUGCAUGUGGAUUAUCGGCGCAUACACCAAGAUCAAAGACCCCGAGAACAACCCCAGCACCGAGCUGGACAGCGCCGGUAUUAUGGCAAUUGUUUUCUUCUAUAUCUACACGGCCACCUUUUCUCCCACUUGGAAUGGUACACCAUGGGUUUUGAAUUCCGAAAUGUUCGAUCCCAACAUGCGCUCUCUAGCACAGAGUGUCGCCUCAUCCAGCAACUGGCUGUGGAACUUCCUCAUCUCGCGGUUCACGCCACAGAUGUUUGCGCAAAUGCAGUACGGCGUCUAUUUCUUCUUCGCGAGCUUGAUGCUCUUCUCCAUUAUCUUUGUGUUUUUUCUCAUCCCGGAGACUAAGGGUGUCCCGUUGGAACUGAUGGACCGACUGUUUGAGAUAAAGCCCACCUGGCAGGCGCAUGGCCGGGUCAUGGGGCAGUUGCGUGAGGAGGAGGUCCAGCUCCGCCGUGACAUCCAGGGCUCGAACUUGUACGAUGGAAAAGCGAAGGAAGAGUUUCUUGAGAAUGCAUAG